AUGUUGCAUCUGCGCCCUGCUUCAGCUGUUGGUCGGAGAAUCCUCUGCGGUGGAUCUCGACAUAGCGUGCCUUCACUGCGUCGCGGCCUUUUGACGCUCGCGAUUGAAUCAUCAUGUGACGAUACCUCCGUUGCAAUAGUCGAUAAAGAUCCAUUCGGCUCGGCCAAAAUCCACUUCCUCGAGAAUGUCACCGCCGACCUGACAGCAUACCAGGGCAUUCAUCCUAUUCCCGCUCUUGAAUCCCAUCAGGAGAACCUCGCAAAGCUAGUCAACAAGGCAUUGACACACCUCCCAUCCGCAGCGGACUCGGAAAAUGAUAACAGGAAAGUCGUUACGCUGCACGACGGCAACAACCGCCAGAAGCCGGACUUUAUAUCCGUCACGCGUGGCCCAGGUAUGCGCGCCAACCUCUUCGUCGGCCUUGACACAGCGAAGGGCCUCUCCGUGGCGUGGCAGAUCCCCUUCGUCGGCGUACACCAUAUGCAGGCACACCUCUUAACGCCCCGUCUUGUCUCCGCGCUCUCACUCUCCUCUCCGAACCAAACCAUGACGCCUGAGUUCCCAUUCCUCUCCAUCCUCGCGUCGGGGGGGCACACUCUGCUCGUGAACUCGUCCUCUCUAACCGACCACUCCAUCCUCGCGACAACCACAGACGUCGCUAUCGGCGAAGCCUUGGACAAAGCCGCCCGUGAUAUCCUCCCACCUACACUCCUAGAAUCCUCAAAAACCACCAUGUACGGCAAACUGCUUGAGCAGUACGCCUUCCCCAACGGACCCGCCGACUACGCCGACUACACCGCGCCCCGGACCCGCGGCGACGAAAUCGCCGUUUCCAAGAAAGAAUCGCCGUACGGCUGGUCCAUAACCACGCCCUACGCCCAGACGCGACAACUGGCGCUCAGCUUCGCAGUCGUCGCGCCGGCCAUCAGCCAGAUCCUCACUCGCAAACGAAUCGCAGGCCAACCGGUUUCAGACGAUGAGCGCGUCGCAAUGGCCCGCGAGGCAAUGCGCGUGAGCUUCGAGCACCUUGCGUCGCGCACCAUCAUCGCGCUGGAAUCGCUGUGCCAGUGGAAGCCCAAGCCGAACCACCGGCCGACCCCGGAGAGCGUGCCCGUCAAGACGCUUGUUGUGAGCGGCGGCGUCGCGGCGAAUAAGUUCCUCAUGACGGUGCUGCGGUCGUUCUUGGACGUGCGUGGGUUUGGACAUGUGGCGAUUGUGGCGCCGCCGGCGGCGCUGUGUACGGAUAAUGCGGCGAUGAUUGGGUGGGCGGGGAUAGAGAUGUUUGAGGCGGGGUGGAGGAGUGAUUAUUCGGUUCGGGCGCUGAGGAAGUGGUCGCUUGAGAAAGAGGGUGGUGUUUUGGGGGCUGGGGGGUGGGUGAGGUGA